AAAGCAUCUGUAUUUGGGUUCCUGAUAUUUUUGACCGUUUGAUCUUUAAUUUAUAUUUGGUCCUUUCACGUUUUAUGAAUGGGUAGCGCCUCCUUGCAACAAACUCCAACUUCAGACAAACGCGUCCUCUUCCUCUUUAUAUGUACUUUCUUGCUACCUCGGACAGUCAAAUCGAUCGCCAAGAUUCUUGUCGGAUCCAACCCGGUACCCGAAAAUAUAAUUCACUCACUCCUUCCAUCUAUUUUGUGCCGAAAAAGACAAUUAUAAACUGAGACUGUUGUUUAAAUCAACAAGUUUGGUUAUGGUGUUGAAUCUUGAUUAGUAAAUCUAAAAUAAAAAAAUAUGCUUUCUUAAUUUCUUGAAGUUUCUUGAUAACCUCUUCAAUGGCGGGAAUAUCUAUACUAUUGGAUCUCCUAAGGAAAAAUCCAAGCUUUACUGGUCAAACCCUUAGUUCUUAUGGUGUCUUCUCAGCCAAGCUCGCUGCCUCAAGUGCUGCUGCUUCUUUUGCUGCUAAUUACCCUUUUGCUGCUAGGGCUUUUUUUUGUAACAGUGCAGGGCGAGUUGCAUUUUGCGAUGCUGGCGCGGGCUUUUCUGAAGAUUAUAUUUCUAGCACUAGCAUACAAAGUGAAUCAAUGAUUAAGUUUCAGUAUGAUGCAUUGAAGCACAGUACCAAACAAUACAACCUUGAGUUAAAACCUUUAUUCUCAGCAUUUAUGUGGAGGAAUCUUGCACUGACCUCCUUGAGAUCUUUCCUACUAUUUUAUUUACCUCUUCUAGAGCCUCGUGCUAACAUGGAGGAUGAGGAUGAUGAAGAUUUCCUAAAGGAUACUGAUGAAUAUUGUCGUGUUGAUUUGGUGACUCCUUUCAAGAAAUCAGUGAAACAGAUUGGUCGUGAGACUGCUGUUGUAACUACAAGACGCGUCCUGGAAAGAUUGGCUGUCCAGUAUGUUUCACGACGCAUGGCAUGGAAGCUUCUUAAAGAUGUUCCCAAGUCAGCUGCACGCAAGGCUCAAAGGGGAAUGUCUAGUGUGACCUAUUUUUGCAGUGUUACAAAAACAACAUGCAGAGGUCAUUCUCUGGGAGUUUUGGCAUCAUGGUUUGUGCAAGUUGGCAUUGAUAUGUGGCGAUUUUUCAAAUCUAAACAAGAUGAUGACACGCCUGAUAGAUCACAAAAAGUUAAGCUUCUAGGAAGGAAGAUUUCCAUAGUUACUGUCAGAUGUGGUGCAUCUCUUGUUUUCGCUUCUAUAGGGGCAGGGAUAGGGGCAAUGAUGUUUCGCCCUACAACUGGCCAGUGGAUUGGAUGCGCUAUCGGAGAUGUGGCUGGACCAGUCAUUCUAGCCUUUUGCUUUGACAAAGUUCUUCAUAUUGAACUGUGAUGACUUUCUUCUUGGUCAUACAUCUAGGACAUGAUUAAUACAAGGGUAAUGUGGUUGAUCUAGAGCCUUCUCCCUCCCCCUUACCCACAAAAGAAGUGGCAAUCCAGUGCUUUUUUUUGACUUAGUUGAUUCCAUUAGCUCUGGAAUAUUAUUCGUCAUAGAUACAUUAACCAAUUUAUAACAUUAUGUUCUUUUUUUUCUGGAUUUUA